GACCCCUCCCGCUACCAUCUCCAAUUUGUCAUCCCUAAUAUUGAAUUGCAAAAAAAAUCGAGCUUAAAUAGUAAACAAAAAUGAUACAUAGUCUGUUUAUAGUGAACAGCGGCGGCGAGGUCUUCCUGGAAAAGCACUGGCGCUCGGUGGUCUCGCGAUCCGUGUGCGAAUACUUCCUCGACGCCCAGCGAGCCGCUCCAUAUGACGUGCCGCCGGUGAUAGCCACGCCCCACUACUACCUGAUCACGGUGCAAAGGGACGCGGUGUCCCUGGUGGCCGCCUGCAAGCAGGAGGUGCCGCCACUCUUCGUCAUCGAGUUCCUGCAUCGCGUGGUGGACACCUUUCAGGACUACUUCGGCGACUGCUCUGAGUCCGUGAUCAAGGACAACUAUGUGGUCGUCUACGAGCUGCUGGACGAGAUGCUGGACAACGGUUUCCCGCUGGCAACCGAGAGCAACAUCCUCAAGGAGCUGAUCAAGCCGCCCAACAUCCUGCGCACCAUUGCCAACACGGUGACGGGCAAGAGCAAUGUGAGCACCACCCUGCCAUCGGGCCAGCUGUCGGCGAUUCCCUGGCGCCGGAGUGGCGUGAGGUACACCAACAACGAGGCGUACUUCGAUGUCAUCGAGGAGGUGGACGCUAUCAUAGACAAGUCGGGAUCCACGGUGUUUGCGGAAAUCCAGGGAUACAUCGACUGCUGCAUCAAGUUAUCCGGCAUGCCCGAUCUGACGUUGUCCUUCAUGAAUCCUCGCCUAUUCGACGACGUGUCCUUCCAUCCCUGCGUGCGCUUCAAACGCUGGGAGGCGGAGCGCCUGCUCUCCUUCAUCCCGCCCGAUGGCAACUUCCGCCUGAUGUCGUAUCACAUAAGCUCCCAGUCUGUGGUGGCCAUACCCAUCUACAUCAGGCACAAUUUCUCGAUCAAAACGGGGGAGCAGGGACGUCUGGAUCUGACGAUUGGGCCCAGGAACACCCUGGGACGCACCGUGGACAAGGUGAAGCUGGAGCUGACCAUGCCGCGAUGCGUGCUCAACUGCCUGCUGACGCCGAAUCAGGGCAAGUACACCUUCGAUUCGGUGACCAAGACACUGUCCUGGGAUGUGGGACGCAUCGAUGUGUCCAAGCUGCCAAAUAUUAGGGGAUCGGUUUCCAUCACGCCCGGAACGACCAACAUCGAUGCCAAUCCCUCCGUGAAUGUCCAGUUCCAGAUCUCGCAGCUGGCCGUCUCUGGGCUGAAGGUGAAUCGCCUGGACAUGUACGGCGAGAAGUACAAGCCCUUCAAGGGUGUCAAAUACCUGACCAAGGCGGGCAAGUUCCAGGUGCGGAUGUAGACGAGAUCAGCAUCCCGAUUCCGAUUCUGAUUCCGAUUCCAGCUUUAAUAUAGUGCUAACGUUAAGUGUAUUCCACUGUUGUAUGUCAUUUGAUUUCUGUGCCCCGUCUCUCCCCCUCUCCCUAUCUCUCUCUCUAUCUCAUCUAUGUAUCUAUAUCUACCCAUAAAAGUUAAACUCCAAGUGUA